CAUGACUGCAGUGGGAGAACUGGUGCUGGUGCUGGGCUUACUGGUGAGCGCUCACUGUGAGGUGAGAGGAAGAGACCCCGAGGACGCAGAGGAGCAGGGAGGAAGAGGAGGAGGAGGAAGAGGAGAUGGAGGAGGAGGAGGAGGAGGAGGAGGAGUGUACCCUCCCUUGAUAGAGAGGCUUCUCCCAGGAGUGACAGAGACUCCCCCUUUGGGAGAUAGAGGAAACUACCCAGCCCGAACCGGGAACUGGUGUGCGUUUGUUCAGAGGCGCGUUGUGUCCACGGCAGUGGUGUGUGGAACAGAGAAAUACACCAUCCAGUCUCAGAGUCCGUGUCCCAGCCGCACCCCCGACUGUCAUCUGAUCAUGUAUAAACUGUCGUCCCGGCCGCUCUACAGGCAGAAGCAGCAGAUUGUGAGCGCUCUGCUGUGGCGCUGCUGCCCGGGAUACGGAGGACCCGACUGUGAGGCCACAGACCCUGAUGCACAGCAGGAUUCUGGGAGCUCGGCUCUGAUUGGAGGAUCUGAACCAGUGAGGACUGAGCUCCACGCUCCAGGUGUGCGGGUUCGGCUCCAGCAGCAGCGCAGCGACCCAAAUCGGGAACAGAACGACUACCAGGAGUCCCCGGUUCUACAGAAACACCAAGACCACCAAAAGCACCAGGACCACCGGGAAAACCAGAAUCACCAGAACUACCAAAAGCCGCAAGAAAACCAGUAUCACCAGGACAACCGGGAAAACCAGAAAGACCAGGACCUCCAGGACCUGUAUGAUAAACAGGACCAACAGACCAACAGCACCACGCCCCCCCCGGUGGACCAGGACUACCAAAAGCCGCAAGAAAACCAGUAUCACCAGGACAACCGGGAAAACCAGAAAGACCAGGACCUCCAGGACCUGUAUGAUAAACAGGACCAACAGACCAACAGCACCACGCCCCCCCCGGUGGACCAGGACUACCAAAAGCCGCAAGAAAACCAGUAUCACCAGGACAACCGGGAAAACCAGAAAGACCAGGACCUCCAGGACCCGCAGGACCUCCAAGACCUGUAUGACAAACAGGACCAACAGACCGACAGCACCACGCCCCCCCAGCUGGACCAGAACCACACCUCACCCCCCACCACAGACCCAAGUAACCUCAACCAUCACAGGGAGCCAGAACACCUCCGCCCUGAUGAGCUGGAUGCCCCCUCCACCCCCUCCACCCCCCAAAUGGUGGCGCUGAUCCUGUCCCAGCUGCAGCCGCUCCUCCAGGGCUUCAACCGCUCCCUGGAGCUUCUGACCCGGCAGGUGGGGGACCUGGCCCGGGACGUGGCCCAGCUGAAGAGCCUCCCUCUGCGGGACGAGAUGCUGGCGGAGCCCCUAUAUAACCCUGGGCUGGACGAGACCGCGGAGCAACACCUGGAGGCCAGACUGGAGGAUCACAUCAGGGAGGUCCAGAGGCAGUUAGAGGACCAGCGGAGCCACAUGGAGCACAGGCUGCACUCCCAGCAUGCAAUGCUGCACUACAACCUCACCAACUUUAAGACGGACAUCGACGUGAAGUUGAAGCGAAACCAGAAGAUGCUGCAGGUCAGCCUACAGGCCAUGAACGCCACACUGACGGAGCUGAAGCUGGACCAGGACCUGGACCUGGACCAGGACCUGGACCAGGACCAGGACCAGGAACAGGAUCUCCCCCCUCCUCCCUCCAUGUCUACCCGCCGCCCACUGAUGCAGUCCUCAGACACGGCGGCGCUCUGGGAGGCCGUCGAGCGCCUGGACAACAUGGUGGUCAACAACACGGUGAAGGUUGUGGGGCUGCUGGAGGACAUGGAGGCCGCCUCGGGCGGCAUUCAGCAGCUGUGGCGCAAAAACAAGCAUCUGGAGACGCUCAUCAACCAGACAGCUCGCGAUGGGCAGGUUAAGUUCAUGAUGACGGGUCUGGAGGUGGAGGCGGCGCGGGAGACGGUGCUGCGGCGGGUCGGGGAGAUGGAGGGAAACCUCAGCCUGCAGGGGGCAAGGCUGCAAGAGAAUAACUUGGACGUGGACUACCUGUUCAUAGUCUUCAACAAACAGAACGCCACCACGGGCUGCGACUGCACAGGGCUGCAGGACGCCGUGCGCCGCCUGGAGAGGGGCGUGGCUAAUGUGACGGAGCUGGCCAAUGAGAACAGAGUAGCCCUGGAGGAGGAGGGUGGCGUGGGGGCCGGGCAGUGGUGGGGGGACUGGGGACCGGCGGUAGAGGCGCUGCAGCGUGGCCUCCAACAGGUGAAGGAGUCCAUGUCCUCGGAGCAGAUCCACAGCCGGGCCCUGGAGGUGAGCGUGACCCGGAUCAGGAGCUUGUUGACGGAGACGCAGACGGAGGUGUCCGCGCUGCAGGAGGAGGACGAGCGGCUGGACGAGGAGCAGCAGCGUCUCGCCGCCUCCUUCAAGUCUCUGCUGACGGACGCCAUCAGACACAGCGACGUCCUGGAGCUCCUGCUGGGGGAGGAGGUGAUGGAGUUCCUGGAGUGGCCCGUCCAGGACCAGGAGGCACAUUCAAUCCCAUCCUUGAAGGAGCAGCUGAGGGUCCUGCAGGAGCAGCUGGGAGGGAAGAGCAAACCAGGAGACAGAGAGGAGGUACCGUCUGCCGACCAGCCUUCAUCAUCUUCCUCAUCCUCCUCAUCCUCACACCCCCUCCCUGACAUGAGGAGCAGCUCAGGAUCUGCAGCCCGCGAGCGUCAGCAGCUCCUCCUGCAGCCCGGGGGGGACGGGGGAGACCUGUGGAAGCUGGAGCAGAGGGUGGAGGAGCUGGGGUUAAAGCUGCUCAGCCUGCAGGAGGAAAGGGAGGCGCCCCCCGCUGGUGUGGAGGCCAAACUGCAGGCGGAGGUGCAGUGGCUGAGGAGAGGCCUGGAGGAGCACCUGAAGGUCUUCAAGAACGUGUUCAGUAACGCUGAUGUGUUGAUGAGCUCCGACGCAUCGCUGCAGCUCGACCAGCUGUGGCGUCUGCUGAAGGAGAAACAGGGGAGGAAGGAGAGGAGGAGGGGAGGACACGAGAGGAGCAGGAGGGAAGACUCAGUUGUGGCCCCGGUCCCCUCCAGCCUCUCGGGGGCCUCCCUGCUGAUCGUGGCCGGAUCUCCUCGCAGCGUUUCCAGCGUCCUCGUGUUUGAAACGUCCUUAAACCGCGAUCAGGUUUACUCCGACAGCGGCGUCUUCACGGCUCCUCUGAGCGGGGUCUACCUGUUCUCCCUCACCCUGGACCUGAGACCUGGACCCACACAAGUGAUGCUGAGGAGGGGGGGGGCAGGGGGGGUGCCGAUGUCCCUCCGUCGACGAGGGGGGGGCACAGAGGGGCCCGUCACCGGUGCGGUGGUCCUGCCUCUGAGGAGGGGGGAGGAGGUGAGGCUGGAGAUAAAAGAAGGAUCGUUGAGGGAGUCAAGGGACACCGUGUUCAACGUGCUGCUGCUGCACCAAACCACCUGAGGGCGCUGUGGGCAAAACAGACUUUUUUAAAUCGAUUUUAUUGUACAAAAUGAGAUUAAAUUGCAAAAUCUCAAAAAACGUCAAAUUUAAAUAAGGUUUAAUACAGUACAAAAACAACUUAAAGGUCCCCUAUUAUACUGUUUUUCAUCAAUAUAUUACAGGUCUCAGAUAUAUACAGAACAUGUCUCUGAAGUGUUUGGCUGAAACACCAAACAGAUCAUUGCAGCAU